AUGUGUCGGCCUUAUACCUACCCCCAGAGAUUGCUUCGUGCUCUGUCUGUCCAGCAUGCUGGCGUCUCUGGUCCGGGUUCUGGCCCGUGGGGUCGCCACGCCCAUUCGUCACUAAGAAUCUCCGAUCGAUCGAUUGCCGUGGCAAACACCAGAUCGCCUGCCCUGGUUUUUCCUCGUCGCCAUGCGGUUCACCCGGUACAGUUUUCGCAUUUAUUCGGACACUGUCUCGCGGCACAUUUCUCGGCUCUCUGUGCAAGAUCUCGUCGCGCAUGCUUCUCCCACCUAGCCCAACCUACAUUGAACGCGAUAGACAUGACCGUGGCCACUGAACCGGAACCAGACGUGAAGCCGGUUGACAUCCUGAAUGGAGACGCGACAACGCCUGCUGGCCGGGCGGCGGCUUCUUUGGACCCGGAGUCGGAUGAGGACGUUCCCGUCGACCCGGAGGAGCUCAAGGAGGCGCUGGGGAGGCCACCGCCGGUGCAUAGUAACUAUCUCCCUCUGCCGUGGAAAGGUAGAUUAGGAUAUGCCUGUUUGAAUACCUACCUUCGCUACUCGACUCCUCCGGUUUUUUGUUCGAGAACAUGUCGAAUCGCAUCCAUAUUGGAGAAUAGACAUCCGCUCGUGGACCCUGAUCAGCCUGCACACCCGACCAAAAACCGUCCAGACCGUGACCAAACACCCGAUGUCGCACGCGGACAGGCCUUCGUCGAAGCGCUAGGGCUGGCGAAUGCGCGCGACCUUGUCAAAAUUCUGCGCUGGAAUGACAAGUACGGUAUUAAGUUCAUGCGAUUGAGCAGCGAAAUGUUUCCGUUCGCUAGUCAUAAAGAAUACGGCUACAAGUUGGCCCCGUUUGCCUCCGAAGUGUUGGAACAGGCCGGCCUGGUUGUUGCAGAACUCGGUCAUCGAGUGUCGGUUCAUCCAGGCCAAUUUACCCAGCUGGGGUCUCCCAAGAGAGAGGUGGUCGAGAGCUCGUAUCGGGAUCUCGAGUAUCACUCGGAGAUGCUACAACUUCUCAAGCUGCCGCCACAGCAAGAUCGCGAUGCGGUCAUGAUUCUUCACAUGGGUGGAGUAUUUGGCGAUAAAGCAGCGACUCUGGAUCGAUUCAGAGAGAACUACGCGGUUCUGUCACAGGACGUCAAGAACCGGCUGGUCUUGGAAAACGACGACGUCAGCUGGUCUGUUCACGACCUCUUACCCAUCUGCGAGGAACUGAAUAUUCCUCUCGUCCUCGACUACCAUCAUCACAACAUCAUAUUUGAUGCGAAUGAGCUGCGCGAGGGCACUCAAGACAUCAUCGGUCUCUAUGACCGCAUUGCCGCGACCUGGUCGCGCAAAAAUAUCACACAGAAAAUGCAUUACUCCGAACCCACCCCAUCCGCCAUCACGAACCGCCAGCGCCGCAAGCACAGCGACCGCGUGGCUACCUUACCUCCGUGCAAUCCCACCAUGGACCUGAUGAUUGAAGCAAAGGACAAAGAGCAGGCCGUCUUCGAGUUAAUGAGGACCUUCAAGCUUCCGGGAUACGAGCUCUUCAAUGACAUGAUCCCGAAUACACGCACUGACGAGAACAAAGAAUUCAAGCCACCAAGAAAGUCCAAGAAGAACGGCGGCUUUGUCGAUCUGGAGGGCUCCGUUCCACCGCCUCCAACCAUUUCCGACGAAGAUGUCGGCAUGGGCGGCCCUGAGCGGAGGGUGUAUUGGCCGCGAGGCAUGGAAGAGUGGCUUCGUCCAGUGAAGAGGACCAUUCGAGCCAAGACGGCUCGAACCCCGGCAAAGAACAGCGCGUCCAAGAAAGUGAAGGCGGAUCCGGACGCUGAGAAAGGUGAAACAGAAACCCCGAUCAAGAAGUCGGCUACGAGAGCUCAACGUACACCGGCAUCGAUGAAGCCCGCGCGCAAGAAGCGCAAGGCUGCCGAGACUGUGGAGUCAACUCCAGAGUCCGAGGAGGUAUCUGCAGAGCUGGACGACGGGGUCCCGGUAUCUAGGUCUCGGCGAAGUAGUCGAGCGAAGAAGGUGAAUUACACUGAAGACAGUGCAUAG